AUGUCGUGGUUUCUCAUCCUACUUGUUUUGAUUCAUGAUGGUGAAAGUAGUACUGAUUUAUGCCCCACCUCUUGCAGCUGUAGUGCAAUUGAGACCCAUGGACUAAUAGUCAACUGCAAUUCGAGGCAUCUCAAAACUGUGCCAGAUCUCCCAAUUACCACAGUAAAGCUUUAUUUGCAAAACAAUCUAAUGACCACUGUUCCCCCAGGAGCCUUGGAUCACCUGGUCAGCCUCCAGGAAGUUGAUAUCUCUGGUAACCCUUGGAAUUGUGACUGCAACAUCCUUUACCUGAAAGCAUGGCUUGAUUCCCAACCUGUGCAGAGAAACCAUGCAAAUGUGCAGUGUGCAACUCCGCAAUCUGCAUCUAUGAAGGCUUUUCAAAAUCUGACAGGGAAUGAAAUGCCCAGGUGUGGAAAGCCAUGGCCAAUCAAAUGCAAAAGAUUUUUUGUAAGGGACUUGUACAUGAAUGCACUUGCUGUGGUGGUCCUGAUCUUCAUGUCCUAUAUAGCACGGAUGGCCAGGAAACUAUCUUGUCGUGUGGCGGUCUCACCUCGCUCACUCCAAAAUACAUCCACCAAAGAAACCUCCAAAUCUAAAUAGG